UUCUUCUAAGAUGGACACUUCGGUUUUGAACAUCGACAGUACACCAUGUUCUCCUGAGCCUCAGCACAUAUCACUUGCUGUGAUCCUCCGUCUGGUCUAUCUGCUGGGCCUCCUCCUCAACAGCUUCACACAUAUCACUUGCUUGAUUUUCAUCUUUUGGUGUAUUCUACCCUUAACUGUGUCUGUGUUUUGCUACAGUCGCCUGGCCAGCUCAGUGUCUCGUAUUAACAUAAAUUCUGCACAGGGCCAGUCAGUCAAGGCCAAGUCAAUGAGGAUGAUAGGCAUAUGUCUAGUCAUAUUUGGACUCUGCUUUCUUCCUCUUAAUGUUGUUCGGACCAUAGGAGUAGUUGUGAUAAAGUUUUACCCUAAGGAAUGCAAGCUUAUGUUGCAGUUGCAAACAGCAUAUUAUGCUUGUUAUAUAUUAGCAGGAAUCAACUGCUGCUUGGACCCCUUAAUCUACUUUUUUGGCUCACGUAAUUUUAUUAAAGCAUUCCGGAGAUCUCUCAGGGCAAUAAGGGUCAUACGGAAUGUCGACAAAAAAAGUGAAUCAGACACAUUAAGUCAAACUGCAAACAGAAAUGUAAUUAAUACAGUCUCUUAGUGAAUUUAAAUUGUGCUGUGCUUGUCUAUGUUCAGCAUAUCUUUUAAGUACUGCUUUUAGGAAUCUUUUAAGUAUACACUUACAAAAUAUUUUGUCCCUUUUUUAAUCAAGUUAAUUGUGUCAGUGUACAUUUUUGUACUGAGGUGGUUGACCUUUGCUGUUGAGCUCAAGUAACUGUUUACCACUUGCAUUUUCAAAAAGUUUUAAAAGCUGUCAAUAUUUGUAUGUAAAUAUUUAUUCUAAUAUACAAGUACUGUAAUGUACAUUAAAUGUUAACGUGAAAAUAAACAAUUGUGCU